UCAUGUUUUCUAGUUUGGACUGUCAGUGUUUUUAAACAGCGACGCUUUAUUUUUAAAUCAAAGCAAGAGAAAGCUCUGAUUCCUGUCCGUGAUUAAUCAGGUAGAAACUUCUCAAAACAAUAACAAAAGUAGUAAAUAAUAAAAGUAAUAUCUUUUCAGUGUGUCACCGCCGUGCCUCCUAACACCUCAUCAUUCUGAAUGAACCUACACGCGCACGGUCGCACCCUACAAUGGGCGGAGUUUGGAGUUUUUAUUGGAAGUGCGCGCGGCUGCGGAGGCGCAUUUUACGCACGGAGUUCCACGGAGGCGCACGGCAUGAGGCCGACCGGAGCUUGACGCAGCUGCGGCUGCGUGACGAUGACCGAUGUGCGCAGCUGUAGGUUGUCUCGGACAGAAAGAUUCCUCAUUUCUUCUAAACCAGUCGGUCAUGAUUCUGGUUUCCUCGUGAGGUCAGCGUCGCCGGCUCUUCCAUGUGAAGUCUAAACGCCAGCUGGCCUUUGACCCCCACCUGAACAUGGACGUCCGUCUGCACGGAAACUCCCAGUUUCACCACAGAGUCAACGGUGGAGCCCGUCGCAGCUCCAGAUCAGAAAAGGAUGAUACUCUGAAAUACUUGAGCCCCGAGGAGAAGGAGACCCUCCAGUUCUUUGAGCAGACCAUUGAGUCUUUGGAUGACAGUCUGGAGGACCAGGAGAACCGGAGGUCCGGACAGAUAAAGCACCAAGAGAACAGCCACACGCCCAUCUGUGUAGUCGAUGGACACUCGAUUCCCAACCCUUCUCCUCACCAGGACAUCAUCGACCUGGUUCACCCCGAGCCGGAUCUGAUGCCUCACAAAGAGACCCUCUUCAACCCCAACAACCCAGAUUUUCAGCGCAUGAUACCCCCUCCCGAAAGUCAUUUUGAAGUAAAGCCCAGGCACGAAAGCAUGGCUUUAGAGUACAGCCUUCCCGCCCCAAACACCCCACCAGACGGCCAGUUUGCCUACCACCCCCCCGGCUCUGUCCCCACCCCUGUCCUGAUUGCACAGAAGUUAGCCGAGAACCAGGGUGGUGGAACAACAAACUUUCAUCCGUCUACAUUCCUUCGUCGUCUAAGUCUGGAGACAGAAAAACCACUGGUGGAAAACUCAGAUCAUUCAUCAAGAUACGGUCCUCCAACUUCUACCAAACCCUCUCACCUACCUGCCAACAUCAGCAUGAUGCUCGGCGGCAAAGAGCACCCGAAGCCGUCCGGGUCCGAUGAGAACAUUUACAACAGACAAGAGCCGAUCCACGCCAGCCCGUCGGUAACUCCUCCCUUCUCACCUUCAGAACAUCAUCGGCAAAGUACGGAGCAGAAAGUUCGAAAAGCUCCCACUCGCAGCAUUUCCUUCAAGGAUCCCACACCAGACAAGUCCAGAAGGGAGGCCCUAUCCAAGCUGGGACUGACGAGAAAUCGAGCCAUGUCCGGAGGAAAAUCCGUGGAAAACAAGCUUCACAUUAAACCAAUGGAACCCCUGAAAGUCACAGCCCCCAGCACCAAAACUGCAGACACUAGUGUCCCACAAACUACACCCAACAACCUCCCAGAACCUGCUAAGACAACACCAAACUACACCGAUGCGGACAGAAAACCAGAAACCCUGCCGACACAUCUCCACAGAAUCCAUGACACGAGAAGCGCCUACUUGACCCCAUCGUCUCCCUCCAUCGCCCAAACCAGACCCAAUCCAGCUCCAGUGGAAAACAAGCUUCACAUUAAACCAAUGGAACCCCUGAAAGUCACAGCCCCCAACACCAAAACUGUAGACACUAGUGUCCCACAAACAACACCCAGCAACCUCCCAGAACCUGCUAGGACAACGCCUAAUUACACCAAUGUGGACAGAAAAUCAGAAACCUUGCCGACACAUCUCCACAGAAUCCAUGACACGAGGGGCGCCCACCUAACCCCAUCGUCUCCCUCCGUCACCCAAAACAGACCCAGUCCAGCCCCGGUGGAAAACACCACCCCCCAUAGCCCUCCUUCAGAGAUCACCUCUCUGUCCUUCAAUCACUUCGGAGGGAAAUCCAUCGUGGUUCACCCCACUGCUCCAUCCCGGAAUGACCCCUCCACCUCUCCAAUCACCAGUGAACCAAAAAUCCCCCUGCCUGUGCUCUCCAACCCCCCUGAGGCCAACCUCUACGGAGGGAAGACAAAAGUCAUGAAUCCUGUGUCCACAAACAGGACUGACCUUCCCGACAUCCUCAGCCCCCUCUUCCCCCAGAAUCCACCCGCCCCUGCCAGACCGGAGCCGGCAGCUGCUGAGCUCAACAGGUAUGGGGGCAAGAGUCUAACCAUCAACCCCGCCGCCGGCGGGAACCGCUCUACGGUCAGCCCAGCCAGGAGCGUCAAAGGUCCGCCCCCGACUCCAGCUCCGAGACCUGCCCGGCAGUCUUACCACGGCCCUCUUAGUCCCCCAAAACCAGCACCAACCGAACGGCGGAGAUCCAACUCCAUGUUCCGCCCGCAGGGCAUCACCGUGCAGUUUUCUGGACGGGGGCCGAUGAACGACUCCCGCAGGGAGGCGCUGCGGAAACUGGGACUGCUGAAGACCUGAUGGACUUUCCCAAAGCAGUCCACCUCCUGAGCUAGAAUCAGCCGGCUGAUGGGAGCCACAGAACAAGAUUCCUGUUUUUUUUUUUGGAGGUUGAGGUGUGGUGGACUAGCUCUCACAGAGGAAUGGACCCAGGAACCUCGCUGGACCAGCCCAGCCGGUUGUCCCCGUCUGGAUGCAAAACCUUCAGACGGCAAAAAAACUGUUGACAUUUUUGUCUGACAGGAACCUGGAGAACUGCUUUGUGAUACUAAGACUCUGAAUACCUCUGGACAAAGAUUCAAGCGACAUUUUGUCACGAACGGGAUGAUCACUUCGAUUGUAAAUAGUUUUUUUAUUUUUUUGGUUAUGGGAAAAGGGAAAGUUUGAACUUAUUCUGUGUGAUGCCCCAGUGCUUCGUCCUCCUUUCAAGCACACAUCCCCUUCUAUUAACCCGUAAGCUAACAGAUAAAGUUUGAUAUUUGGGGGAAAUUGUCAUAUCAUAUAGUUAGCAUUUAGGUGUUGCAAAUCUGCACUGCCUUCCCCGAGAGGGUUAAUAAGCUACAUCUCUUUUUUAAACUUGUUUCAUUACAGUUGAUCCAGAAUAUAAAAAAAAAACAGAGUGAUCAUCCUGUCUAGAGAAUCCCAGCAGCUCAGCUAGAGAUGAAUCUCUUCCUAAAUGAUCUACACAUCAGUUUUAGGGAUUAUUAUUAUUAAAAAUAGAACAACUAGAACUAAGUAGGACUGGGUAUCAUCAUUAACUUCCAGAAUCAAUUUAUUUGAUUCACAAUUGUUUUUAUUCGAUUCAAUUUUGAUUUUUCUACAUAAUUUCACAAAUUUAAACAUCCGCUUUUAAUCCUGUUUUUUCAAGAGUUUUCUAUCCUUUCCCGCCAUGUUUGUGUCUGAUCGAUGAGGUUUUUGCGAGAGAAGGGUAACGUCACCAGAAAAAUAUUAUUUUUUUUGUUAGAGAGGAAAAUGGAUUAAGAUCCAUCUUUAGUUUUAUGGAUCGAUUCUUUCCUUGAAAUAAGUCAUGUUCAAUCAGAGUUUUAGAGCAAAGGCUCAUGGGAAAACGGGAGGCCAUAGUGUAAUGUCAUAAGAAGCUCACAUCAGAAGCUACAAUGUUAUAGAACAGUCGUAUCAGUUGUUAAAAAGCUGGAAAGGAAUUCAUUCAUUUAUGGUGAAAUUCCACCAAAAAUAUGUUUUACUUAAAAAUCUUGAUAUUUAUUUAAAAGGAUCAAAGCUGUGGCCCUCAACACAGUUUUAUAGGGAGUUUUUAUUUAAUGUUUAGCAAUAAAUCUUAAAGCUUGAAACAAAAAAAACAAAAAAAGCCAAAAAGUGGGGACGUGUUUUCAUGUCUUUUGGGAUGGACUCUGCUGCAGGGAACACAUUUUCUUUUCAUUUACCUAAAAAAAGUGUGAUUUUAUGUGUCAGUCCUUUGUAUAAAUGUAAAAGCAGCGUCCAUAAAAGCAGAAACAUCAGAUCUGAGGAGCAGCUGGAGGAUAUUUUUACUCCGUGGACCUUCUCCCACUCCCAGCCCACAGACGGUUUGUGGUCGGGACAGCAGACGGAGCUUCCAGCUGCUUUUUAGGGAGGUCAGAAAUCUGCCGUCAAACCACACCAUCCAGAAAUGCAUUCUGGGUAACAUUUCUUUGCUGUCUUGUUGUGACUCCGGCCUCUGUAGCUCACCUACAGAAACUUUUGAAGGAUUGAACUUUUGUUUACAGACUCCGGUUCUUUGUAGUUCGUCUACAAAUAUUCUGAAGGAUCUCCACUCUUGGAGAGGAAAUGUAUAAAUCUGAAAGAAACCUUUAGUGUGCGGUGAACGGGGAAGACGCUGGUUAACUUUCACACUACUGACAUGUUUGUCGUAAACUAUAUUUACUCCUUUUUGUCGCUCAUUAAACCUGUAAAUCUAACAGUCUUUGUUUGUCUUUGAUGUUUUAUUCUUGGAUUUUAAAGCAGAUUUCCUAAACGGUUUAAGGAGCAAAUGAAGCUAGAACAUUUGAAUAAUGACAAAUAAUUAAAUUGUUCAUUUAUAACA